CAAGUUUGAAGAUUGUUCGAGGAAAUCAAUUUCAAUUUCAAUUUACGUUCUUGCGGUUUCCGCUUAAUCUUCGAAUUAAUUAAUAUUGUCAGGCGAUUUAACUCUGGACUGAUCGGAAAUCAUUAGACGAAGAUGGCCGAUCACAAUCACCUUACGGCUAUCCAACGACAAGUGACCAGAUGGUGCCUUGUCAUGACACUUAUAAUAUUUUAUACAGUUGUCAUGACACCACGAUCGCUCGUGGGUAGUAAGCUUCCUCUCAGCAUUCGUCAGGGAUACAAGCCAGUUUAUAGAGUCUUCUACCAACGUGGGAACUCGGAAGAAGACCUUCCAGAAUGUUCUCAUUUCGAAGUGUGUAAUAAAGUAGACACAUAUUCUACUCCGUGGAUAGAGCGUCAAUGUCGGUGUGCAGGCAAACAGUCCUGCCCUUUGUCCUCCGAGGUAGACGAUGGCCAUUCUGUCUUGGACAAGUCAAGACAGUUUAAGCUUUGUGAACCUGUUAGUAAGUUACCAACCUGUCGUUACUUCCGUGAUGUCACGUGGACGCAUGUCAGUCACCCUGACAACACGACUCAACAAAUUAUGCAUUGCGUUUGCCCAAAAAAUAGUGUGGCCUACAUCUUAAAACAUCAAGCCUAUUACACCCCUGCAGGAGUCGGUUAUAGAUACGCCUUCGUCUGUUCUCCUCAAAGUUGGCAGCGUUGUCAGAGGAAGGAGCCAUGUCGCCUUUUUACCGUAAAGAAAAGACCUGGGGUGGAGGAUGUCAACACCAACAGACUUUGCGAGUGUCCUCUUGGAUUCACUUGUCCGGAGAAGUACAACGAACCUUCAGUGAUGGUGGACACAAUAGGAUUUCAGGAUCAAACUCGGACCUACAGUGGCUACUGCGCUCCUGCAGUGGACUGACAUAUAUCAGCUUGAAACUAUAGUGACAUCUACUCACAAAAAAGCUGCUGGUCUGAAAUUAGAAAUACUCUCGAGAAGGGUAGUCGUUGGUGGAAUUAAAGACUCUUCCUAGGCCCACCUGACUAAAUAUUAAAUUAUUCAAACUUUCUUACUAUAUAUGGACCAUAAGACCUGACUUUACUUGUCA